CCAACGAAUAAACACUAAAAAUGGUUGAAUUUACUGAUUCCGAACUCGAAAAAUAUAAUUUUGAGUACUCACCAAGUGAACAUACCAAAAGGUACAAUGCUCCAGAUGAAGCUAUUCAAGCCCACAUAAAGUUGAUUGAAAAAGUCACUAAUAGAGUGCAACAUGAAUGCGGAUUUGUAGUUGAUAAUAAUGUCAAGUAUGGAAAUGAUGACGACGAGUUGUUAGACAUUUACUACAAUGAAUCAACGGUUAAUGAUGCGCCUCUUUUUGUCUAUAUUCACGGUGGCUACUGGCAGAUGUUGACAAAAGAUUCUUCAGCCUAUUGCGUGGAGCCUCUUGUUAGAGCUGGAUUUCGUGUUUUAAUUGUGAAUUAUUCGUUAUGUCCGAAAAUUCCGCUCACUGGUUUAAUUCAACAAAUUCGUAACUGUAUGAAAUUCAUUGGCAAUUACGGCAAAGAAAGGGGUGUAAAAUCCAUAAGUUUCUGUGGUCAUUCUGCUGGAGCACAUUUAAUCAUGAGCGCUUUAAGUGAUAAAAUCUUUUGGAAAUCCCUCGAAAACAAGAAAAUGAUAAAACAUCUCUACUUACUGUCAGGCGUUUACGAUUUAUCGAUAAUUCGGCACUUGUCUGUCGUUAACAACAAUAACAUUUUGGGACUAAACGAUCAAAAUACAACGGAAGUCAGUCCUUUACUCAACGACUUUUCACAUUUGAAGGAUUUUGAUUUGCGAUUCCACUUGUUUGUUGGAGAGCAUGAUAGUAAAACAUUUCAACUGCAUUCCGAUCGUAUGUAUGAACACUUGAAAAGUUACGUAACGGAAGAUCGGUGUUCAUGUGAAAUUCUACAAGGUUUUGAUCACUUUAAUAUUGUCGAAGAUUUGAGACUUGAAACUUUUUUAAUUAUGAAGAAGAUAAUUUCAAGUAAAAAUUAA